CGUCGCGACGCCGCUGCAGACAUCAUGGCGGGCCCGUUCCUGUCGCCGCUGCCGGGAGACCUGCUGUCCGAGUACAUGUUCGGCCGCCGCAGGCAGCAGCGCCGGAACCGCACCACCUUCACGCCGCAGCAGCUGCAGGAGCUGGAGUCGCUGUUCCAAAAGACGCACUACCCGGACGUCUUCCUGCGGGAGGAGGUGGCGCUGCGCAUCAGCCUGUCCGAGGCACGCGUACAGGUAUGGUUCCAGAACAGGCGCGCCAAAUGGCGGAAGCAGGCGCGACUGCAGCUGCUGCAGGACGCGUGGCGCAUGCGCUGUCUGGGGCUCGCUGCGCCACCGCUCCUACUCGGUGAGUACACUAUCUUACACUUCACAUUGCGCUACCCGCUAGCGGCAGCUCACUGUGCUCGCUUUGCUGCACGACUGCCUCUGUGCGAGAAGGCGGGUGGCGCCUGCUCCAAGCUGCUGUGCGCUUGCUCCGCGCGGCCGCCCUCGCCGCCCCCGCAGCGGCCCUCGCCCUGCGCCAGCCCCGCCGCCUCCGCAGCCGCCGCCGCCCCCACCGCCCACGACCUGUCUCUGAGCGCCGCCGACGCCGCCUCCCGCGCCGCCGCCGCCGCCGCCGCCGCCCACGACGCCACCGACCUGAGUCUCUCCGCCGGCGACGCCUCCGCCCCCGCCUCCUGUUCGCCGCCAGACGCCAGCUAA